AUGGGAGACAAAAACUAUCGGAAGAGGACACGCGACCCUGUUCAGAGCGAUCAAAAAAACGAAGCCCCUGUAAAACGCCGCAGACAGCUUAGUGAGGAACAAAUUAAGCUCUCCAAACUCUACGAUGAUUUGGCAGCCGAAUCGGAUGAUGUGCGUUUCGACGCCGCAAAAGAGCUCAUUCUGAAGUUCUCGCCUGGCAACCAGCCGGCUGCCAAAGAUGUCGAAACUGCCUUGGGUCGCCUCAUCAAAGGUCUCUGCAGCCAGCGGAAAGCGGCGCGUGUUGGCUUUUCACUCACUCUCACUGAGCUUCUUCGAGAGAUAUUCGGCCAGAGAGAAAUUACAAUCGAGGGCUUAGAUCUUGACGUGGCCUCACUUAUCAAACUUGUUGAGGAGAAAACCAAGGUUGAGGGCAAUGUACCCGGAAGAGAGAGACGUGAUCACCUCAUUGGCAAGCUCUUUGGCUACAAGGCUGUUCUGCAGUCUUCCAUUGUGAUCGAGCCGGAACUUUCCAUGGUAUGCUGGAACAAGCUUCUGGACCACAUCUACGGAAUGGCACGCGAUGUUCCCUGGCUACGCGAAGAAUGUGGCAUGGUUCUCGUGGAAGCGGCGAAGAGUCUGCGAGGUCGGAAAGAGUAUGAGGAAUGCGCAAAAGAGAUGAUUGGUCGCCUCAGCGCCUUUAAACUCACCUCGAUACCCGAAGCGGUGGCUAUCUGGUUGACUGUGCAGGUAGACUAUGGGGAUGUACUACCGGACGGUGUAUGGCAUAGUAAAGACCCAUUGUCGAAGAAAGAGCGUCCUCGGUUAGCCAAGAUCUUGAAAGAGAACUAUCAAGGCGCGCAAGAGGAUGGCAGUGGAGAGCCUGUCAAAUCAGGCGUAGCGAGUCCUAAUCCUACGUUUGCGUGGAAUCUGGUUCUCUCGGAGAUCUUGCGUAGAGAUGGGCAGAUCACGGGCGCGAAACAGGAGUCUUCUAAGACAGAGUUUCCUCAGUUCUGGAUUGACACAGUAGACAGUGAGUACGCAAUGCUUUUCUUGGGAAACAUCAACUCACAAACCAUAGGUAACCUCUUCGCUUCAACCUCAUCCCACGAGCGCAAGGCAUGGGGCUUUAAGCUACUGAGCAGCAUGAUUAUUCAGGUCCCGGAAAGCGCCCUCCCGUCUUUAUUUAGUCCCAAUCUCAUGCGAACACUCAUCAACCAGAGCAAGAAGGAAGACAGGUUUCUUCACUCUGCAGCGUUGGCUGCUCUCAAUUCGAUACAGGCGAAAAUUCAGCAUGAGCCCAAAUCCGCCCUACCAAUUUUCGUCGCCCUUUCUUCGAAGCAUGGAAGCAUUGACUUUGAUAAGAUCACGAAGACAAAGACUCUUGAGCAGAUUCUAUCUGUGGCCGAAGACGACGUCCUGAAGAAGAUCGUACGCCACCUGAAUUCACUGAUUCUGCGGCCCGAGACCGAGGAGCAGGCGAUUGCUGAUAGUCGCCGCCAAAACAUUGCGGACUUGCUCUUGAACACGAUCAAGCACUACAGGCGUUAUGAAGAGGCCUCUGAUGAUCUUGCUGAGAAAGACGGUUGGCUUUACAAGACUCUAGAAGUCUUUGUCGAGUAUGCCUACUUUGUCCCCAGCCAAAGCGCAAAGACUAGCAAAGUGCCUCUUCCUGCGUUGAGCGACCGAACCCGGCAAAUAUUCCAAGAACGUCUCUCUUCUUGCUUGACAAAGCUACUUAGCGUUGAUGUAGGCUCACGCUCAACCUUCGCUCUCACAAUCGUGGGCAUGAUUCGAUCCAAGAAUGCAUCAUCCAAGUCUUUGGAUUUGGCUUUCAAAGCAGAUGAAUCGGUUACCAAGACACUGGAAAAGGCCUCCCAAACCUUGGAUGCUAUCUCUGCAAAGGGCUCGAUCGCUGGAAACAAGAUGGCAGCCGAAGGGUUCAUCCUCCUGUACUCCCUGACACUUCUUCAAGUUUACAAUGGUGAAGGCGACGCCGUCAUGAUGCUUGAUGACCUCGACGUCUCGCGCAAGUCAAUGCUUAAGAAAGCAAAGGGCACUGCUGAAGAAGGCUCAGAUGUGUUUGUGGAGAUUGUCCUGAGCUUUUUAGGAAACCCUCGUACGCUGUUCCGCAAAAUUGGUGAAGAAGCCUUGUCUAUCUUUGCAUCCGAGAUAACUGCAGAGGGCUUGAGCUCGCUGACAGACAUCCUGGAUACGGAGGAAAACGUGGAGGGACAGAAGGAGCUCUUCAACAAUCAAGAAGACGAAAACGAGGAAGACGACGGAUCUAGCGAUGAUUCAGAGGCGGACUCGGAUGUCGAAAUGGUUGAUGGCGAAGACGAGGGGUCAGAAAAGGACGAAUCCGAGGACUCAGACGAUACUAGUGACGAGGAUGCCAGCGGUAGUGACGACGGAAGUGAAGACGAUGCGGAACUGACCCAGUUCAACAACUUGCUGGCCAUGACGCUGCAGACCUCGAAACCCGACGUCGAUGGCGAAGCUGCUGAAGACACCUCGGACGAAUCAGACAUGGAUGACGAGCAAAUGAUGGCUCUCGACCCUCAUCUCAGUCAAAUCUUCAAGCAAAGAAGCCAGGUCACAAGCAAGAAGAAGGAUAGAGAAGACGCUAAACAGAAUGUCGUCCAGUUCAAAGCGAAGGUCUUGGACCUCCUCGCGAUAUACUUGGAGAAGCAGUACUCCAACCCACUUACUCUCAACGUCCUACUGCCGAUUGUCCGCCGCACAAGGGCGAGCGCGAAUAAGCAGCUUGCGGAGAAGGCAUCGAAGAUGCUCAAGACGUUCUUCGACUCUCGCAACAAGCAUAAGGCGCCACUACCAAAGCCGGACGAUUUGGAUUCUGUCUGGGACGUUCUGAAAGAGAUUCACGAGGAGGCCAAGUUGGGUGGUGGUGCGAAGAUCCACGCCGAUGCGUGUAGUAGCGCCAGCUUACACGUUGUCAAGAUACUCAUUGGACUAGAUAAGGAGCAUUAUGCCGGUGUAGUGGAUGUCUAUGCGGCGACUCAGAAAGAGUGGUUCAUGAACAAGAAAUCACCUCUGCAGCCUAUGUUGUUCACGGCUUUCCAGAAUUGGUCGCUCAAUGCAAGGCAGCAGGGAAGAUAGGAGGGUAGUUCGGGUGAGAGUGAGACAUUUGUAAUAACAGAAGCGCAAGAUACCCGCUUGAUAGCAAUGUAAAUAACAUGAAUGAGCGACGAAAUUG